AGUAAAGUUUUCAUGUAACAUUAUUGUCACACAUCAUACUGGAAAGAUUGAACUGAAAUGUCUUAAAGUGAAAGAGGGUAUGUGGGAAAAUUUUGGAAAAUUAUCGAAAGUGGAUGUGAGUCAAGAAUUUGGGGAGUUUGAUAAUUAUACUAUUGUCCAGCAGGAAAAGGUAGGGCGAAACACCUGCAUCAUGACCCUAGAAAAUCAUAAUAUUGCGGGGUUACAUUUACCCUUAGGAGGUCAUGUGAUCAUGAAAAUUGAUAAACCAGGUAUUGAUGUUGAGCGAUGUUAUACACCAAUAAAUAUUUCAUACACAAGUAGUCCCCCAAAAAAUGCACUUUUUUCACUCUUGAUUAAGCUAUAUCCUAAAGGUGAAUUGACAUCGAAAUUAUAUGAUGUAACUAUUCCAUUACCAGUACUGAUAAAACCAAGUGUGCAAACUUUUGAUUUAAAAUCUUUGGAAGGACACUCAGACUUCUUAUUCCUUGCUGGUGGAACUGGUAUUACACCUUUUUUAAACCUAAUUAUCUACUUACUAGAUAGAAAAAGCUAUGGUACAAAGUCUAUAUUAUUAGUUUACUAUAACAAGGAAGAAGAAGAUAUACUGAUAAGAAACAAACUGUUGGAACUUCAACAGAAGCAUCCACGGUUUAGUGUGACUUUUGUGUUAACCGAGCCACAUGCACAAUGGAAUGGAGAGCACGGCAGAAUUAGUAAAAGCAGUUUAAUGGAUAUUUUGUCCAAUCGACCAAAGCCUACAUACCAAUUAAUAUGUGGCCCACCACAGUUUGGAGAAUGUGCCAUUCAGAUAUUGGAGCAGUUGACUUUUGCUCUUAUAUUUAUUUUUUGGGGUAAUAUAGCUCUUACUACUAGCAAUUUGCCACUGGAACUUUGA